AUGGAAGAAAAUUCGAACAAUUCCAGUACUCCCUUGCUGCACGAGGAAAGCCAGAAAAAAUCCUCACCACUGCUCAGUUUUAUUCGUGUCAUAGUGAGUUUUCUUUGUUUUUCUUUCAAAUGUACAUCAUGUUUCGAAAAAUUACUAUUUAUGCUCGGCAUCUUCUUUUCACUUCUCACCGGUCUCUGCCAGCCGUUCAUGAGUUAUACAUUCGGAGAAGUGUCUCAAGUACUGGUAACAAUUACAAAUGCAAUCAAUAACAAAACAAUAGAGGAAAAUUCGAUUGCAGACCCCGCUGAUCUCGAAAAAGCCUACGAAGUAUUUGAAAGAGACAUGAAUAGUGUAAUUUUGCACUUCUUUUUCUGUGGAUGCGCUUAUUUUACCUUUGGAUCUCUUCAGUUCUCUAUCAUGAAAUUCGUCGGCGACAACACCACCUAUCGUGUCAGAAAACAGUACAUCUCUCGACUCCUGCGAAAAGAUGCUCGCUACUUCGACAGUAUGUCUACUGGACACUUAUCAACAAUAUUAAAUGACAACUUGGAACGAUUCAGAGAAGUUUUCAAUGAGAAGAUUGCCCUCAUCAUCGCGUUCGCCACUGAUUUCACUGUUGGAACAGCGCUCGCAUUUUAUACAGAUUGGCGACUAGCUUCCUAUGGUAUCGUCUUCUCGCUUGGAGCCUACAAAACUGUUUGCUCGUUGAAUGGUCAGCGUCAGGAGAUUGAACGAUACACCAAAGAGCUCAAGGAAGGAGAAAAGUAUGGUCUGUACCGAGCCCUUUUCUACUCUAUCUCUAGAGGUGUCACCUAUUUUUUCUGCAAUGCUCUCAACACCGUUGUCCUCUACUUUGGAGCCAAUAUGAUCUACGACGGAACUUUGGACACUGGUACUGUCGUUCGACUUUUCCAUUUCUUGCUCUUUGGAGCUUUCUGCCUUAGUGAGGCUCUUCCACACAUCUCUCGUCUAGCUGGUGCGAUUUCUUCAACUGCUCCCAUUGCUGAAAUGUUAACUACAGAUGACAAUGAAAUCGAGCGAGAUGAAGAAGACUGUGAAGACGGAGUAGACGUACAGGGCAACAUUAGCUUCAAAGAUGUGAAAUUCUCCUACCCCAUUCGCCCGGAUGCCCAGGUACUAAAAGGAAUUUCAUUCGAUGUCAAAAAUGGAGAAUGCAUCGCAUUGGUUGGAGCAAGUGGUAGUGGAAAGAGUACUGUAGUCCAACUUCUGCUCCAUUACUAUAACAUUGAGUCCGGAAACAUUUUGAUCGAUGGAGUAGAGCUGAACAAAAUCAACUUGAAGAAGCUUCGAAGAGUUAUCGGAGUAGUUUCUCAAGAACCCGUGCUGUUCAACACAACCAUCGAAGAGAAUAUCCGAUUUGGUAACUCGGAAGCGACGUUACCCGAAAUUUAUGGAGCACUUCGGAAAGCGAACGCCUAUGAUUUCGUUUGUGCGUUUCCUAAAGGAAUCAAGACAAUUGUGGGUGAACGAGGAACACAACUAUCUGGCGGACAGAAGCAACGUAUUGCUAUCGCCAGGACCUUGGUCCGUAACCCAAAAAUUUUGCUCCUAGAUGAAGCGACCAGUGCUUUGGACAAUGAGAGUGAGCAUGUAGUACAGAAGGCUCUGGAAAAUGCAUCGCAAGGAAGGACUACAAUCGUUGUGGCACAUCGUCUGUCGACAAUCAGAAAUGCUAAUAAAAUUAUUGUAAUGCAAAAGGGAGAGGUGAGCUUGAGCUUGAGUUUUUUGACAUCACCCCUGACUACUAUUGUCGAGGUUGGAAACCACGACGAGUUGAUUUCCAAGCAAGGUGCUUACAACGACCUGGUCCAAGCACAAUUGUUGAACUCUCAUGAUGAUCAUAACGAACUCCCACCCCUCACCGCUCGACAACUCUCCCACGAGCUCUCCCCAUUGCAUAGCUAUUCCUUCCAAAGAAGCACCAGCACUGAUGCAGGAGUACAUGAUGAUGAUAUGGAGCGUCUGCUAGAUGAGCUUACUCAAGAAGGAGCCAAAAAGUCGAAUCUCCGAGAAAUUGUGAAAAUGUGUCGUCCAGACUACUGUAUUUUGUUCCUUGCUGUGUUCGGUAGUGCUAUCCAAGGUAUCAGCUACCCUAUUCUAGCCCAAUUGAUCGUCAGAACUUAUCAGGGAUACGCAAUGCAUGGAGAAGAUAUUCUGACCUACGGACACUUUUGGGCGCUCUCUUUCAUGUUCUUGGCAGUAUUCAGACCUUUGACAUUGUACCUGCAGUACUAUUACUUUGGAAAAGUCGCCGAGAAACUGUCUACUCGUCUACGAGUGAAAUCGUUCAAACAUAUGCUCUCAUUACCAAGUGCAUUCUACGAUGAUCCAAAGCACUCGGCUACCAAGUUGUCCAACCGACUGAAUACCGAUUCUUCAAACGUCAAAGCUGCUGUUGACGAUCGUUUGGGAUGUGUGAUUAUGACUUUGGUGGCGAUUUCCAUUGCUGUCAUUACAGCGGCCAAUUACUGUUGGAAGAUGACAUUGGAGGUUCUUAUGUUCUUCCCACUUUUGUAUCUUGCCGAAUAUUGCUACGAAGCAGCAACUGAGAAUGCUAUUCAAGAAGAUUCAAUCGCAUUUGAGAAUAGUAACAGAACCGCUAUCGAAGCACUGGAGAAUGUGAGAACUGUGCGAGCACUAAAUUUGGAGGACAAAGUGAUGUCAUCGAUCACCAACCACCUUCAGAAGAUUCACAACUCCUACUUCAAAAGAGCAAUCAUUCAAGGAGCAGCUAAUGGUCUCUCAAUGAGUUGUUUCCUGUUUGUCUACUCAAUUUCCUUCAAAUUCGGUGUCUACUUGGCUCUUCGAAAAGAAGUCGAACCAAUGAACACUUACUUGGUAUUGAUGACUCUAUCCAUGACAGCGAAUAUGGCUGGAAGUGCGGCUGCUUAUCUUCCAGACUACAAAAAGGCCGUCCAUGCUGCUGGUUUGAUCUUCAACAUGUUCACCUAUCCAGCCACCAUGCCAUACGACUCUAGCGAUGGGAGGAAAAACAUUGAAAAGGGAGAAAUCGUUGGAGAAAAUCUUCAAUUCCACUAUGAUCAACGGCCAGAUCGAAUGAUUUUAAAUGGAGUGAACCUGAAAGUCGAACCAGGAAAGACCCUGGCAUUGGUUGGACCCAGUGGUUGCGGUAAAUCUACGAUUAUUUCAUUGUUGGAGAGAUUCUAUCAUGUGACUAAUGGAGAAAUCAAAAUCGACAGAGAAAACGUUGAAGACAUCAACCUCCACCAUCUGCGUGCUAAUAUCGCUUUGGUGUCUCAAGAGCCAACAUUAUUCAACUGUUCCAUUCGCGAAAACCUUUUGUACGGCUUGACCCGUCAAGUUCCGCAGCUAGAGAUUGAGAAGGCUCUACAGACAGCUAACGCAUUCCACUUUGUGUAUCAAUUCCCUCAGGGAUUGGACACAAUCGUUGGUGAGCGAGGUGCCCAACUAUCCGGAGGUCAAAAACAGCGAAUCGCGAUUGCUAGAGCGAUCCUUCGGAAUCCAAAAGUCUUGCUGUUGGAUGAAGCAACAAGUGCACUAGACAGUGAUUCUGAAAAAGUGGUUCAGAAUGCUCUAGACACUGCUAGCGAGAGAUUGUCUACCGUAGUGGUUGCUCAUAGGCUGUCAACCGUUGUCAAUGCAGAUUCCAUAGCUGUGCUGAAAAAUGGAAAAGUUGCUGAACAAGGAACACAUGAAGAAUUGCUGAGAUUGAGGAGUGUCUAUUGGGGAUUGGUGCAGAAGCAAGGAAUGCAUGUUCAGACACAAUGUCUUUUAAAGAGUGUGUAUUGGUCGUUUCUCGUUAUUUUUCGAAACUUUACGUAA